AAACCUCAAGAUCAAAAUGAGGACAGUCUCUUGGACAUCUUCAAUUUUUGGGUGAAGUCCCCAGAAACCAAAAAGCGUAAAGCAGUCACCAGUGGCCCUUUGGCGGUCAACGGCCCAUCGGCCAAGAAAGCAAAGAAAGAUGCGGUGAGUUCAAGUAGUGAGGACUCCAGCGGUGAAGAGGAAGCUGCAGCACCUGCCAAGAAAGUCGUACAAGCGAAAGCUCCUGUUUCGAAGAAGCCAGCAGCUGUAGCUGCUAAACAGAGCAGCAGCUCUGAAGACUCCAGCGACUCGGAGGAUGAAGCUCAGGCUAAAACAGCAGCAAAGAAGCCUGCAGCUGUGAAACCUGCAGCAGCAGCCAGGAAGAAAGACACCAGUUCCAGCAGCGAGGAGUCCGACUCUGACGAGGAGCCGGCCAGCUAGAGCGGAGAUCUGUGGUCUCCAGGAGCAAAGGCCAAGCCUGUGGCAGGGACCCCCAAACCGGCGUCCACUCCAGUGUCUGCAGCUCAGAAGAAACAGGACAGUAGCAGCAGUGAGGACAGCUCUAGUGAAUCUGAGGAUGAGGCUCCAGUUAAGACAGCAGUAAAAGCACCAGUCCCAGUGAAGACCCCUCCAGCUAAGCCUGUGGCUCCUGCAGAGUCCAGCAGUGAGGAGUCAUCCUCCGAUGAGGAAGAUGCCCCUCCUACUAAGAAACCCAAGACUGGACAAUUCAAUGCCGUCCCACCCCCGGGAACACUGACAGCUCGUGCUCCAGUCAAAGCUCCUGCAGCUCCAGUUAAGACUGUGACUCCCAAAGCUGCUGCUAAGAAGGACUCAUCCAGUUCUGACAGCUCUGAUUCAAGUUCAGAGGAUAAAGCAAAGAAGCCAGCUGCUAAAACUGCUCCCGCUAAUGCAGCCCCAGCUAAGAAAGCACCUAAAAAAGUCGCUCCUGCUCAGAAAAAGGACUCUUCAAGUUCCGAUUCUUCAAGCUCAGAGGACGAAGCAGCAAAGCCUGCUGUCAAAGGCACACCUGCAAAAGCAGCAUCUGCUAAAUCUACACCUGCAAAAGCUGCAUCUGCUAAAUCUACACCUGCAAAAGCAGCAUCUGCUAAAUCUACACCUGCAAAAGUCACCCCGGCUGCAGACAAGGCUUCAUCUUCUAGCUCUGAAGACUCGGACGAUGAGGAGGAGGCCAAGAAACCAGCAGCUAAAGCUGUCCCAGUUAAACCUGCGCCAGCCAAGAAAAUGCCAGCUAAAGUCAAGCCUGCUGCAAAAGAAUCGUCAUCAUCUAGCUCUGAGUCUGAGGAAGACAAACCCGCCACAAAACCAACCCCAGCCAAGGCUGCUCCUGCUAAAGCUGCUCCUCCAAAGACGACCCCUGCUAAGAAAGAUGAUUCCUCAAGUUCAGAUUCAGACCGCUCUGAAGAUGAGGCACCAGCUAAACCAGCAGCUAAGUCCAAGCCUUUGAGCACUCCUAAACCUGCAGCCAAGCCCGCCGAAUCCAGCUCUGACUCGGACAGCUCUUCAGAUGAAAAACCUCAAAAGAAACCUGCCGGCACACCGGUAUCCAAACCUGCUACCCCAGCAAAACCUGCCCCAGCCAAACCAACUCCUGCAGCCAAACCAACCGGUAAACCAGCGGCAAGCAGCUCGGACUCGGACAGCUCUUCAGAUGAUGAGGAACCUCAAAAGAAAGCCGCCACCACACCGGUAUCCAAACCUGGUACCCCAGCUAAACCUGCAGCUAAACCAGCUGAUAGCAGUUCUGACUCUGAAACCGACAGCUCUGACUCUGAACAUGAGACUCCGGCUGCUAAGAAAGCUAAACCAGCAGCAGCUACUGCUACUAAGAGCCCUGCUUCUGCCUCCAAACCACCUGCUCCAGCCAGUAAGAAUGCAGCUGAGUCCAGCAGCAGUGAUUCGGACAGUUCCAGUGAAGACGAGAAGAAAGUAAAGACUACUGUGACACCCAAAGCAGCAGCAGCUAAGCUAACCGUGACUCCAGUUAGCGCGAAGAAAGCCGAGAGCAGUAGCUCAGACUCUGAGACAGAGGCUAAGAAGACUCCCGCCAAGCCUGCAGUCACCAACAGAAAGGCUGCUACAACAAAAACACCCACCUCAGCAGCGAAGACGCCAGCUAAAAAGACAGCAAAGUCUUCAUCCUCGAGUGACAGCAGUUCUGAUGAAGAGGAGUCUCCUAAAACACCAGCUGUGAAGACACCACCUGCUACAAAAGCACAGGCUGCUAAGGCCAAAGCAGACAGCAGCUCGUCUGAGGACUCUUCGUCUGAAGAAGAAGAGACGACGGCGACACCCAAGACUCCUGUCACAAAAAAUGGCACAAAGAGCAAAAAAAAGGGCAAAGAGGAAGAAACGACAACACCCAAGAAUGAAAUCACCACAUCCACACCUCAGACUUUUCCCAGAACCAAACAGAAGGAAAGCAAUGCUCCUUUUCGUAGAGUAAGAGACGAGGAAAUUGAGCUGGACCCCCGCCUGACAAACAAUUCAUUCGAUGCAAAGAUGGGAGCCAACGGUGACUGGGGCCAGAAAGCCAACAACGUGCUUAAAUUUACCAAAGGCAAAUCUUUCCGGCAUGAGAAGACCAAGAAGAAGCGUGGCAGUUAUAGCGGCGGUGCAAUCUCCACCUCAGUGAACUCCAUUAAGUUUGACAGCGACUGAGAUUACAAACUAAAUGAACCUCUGAACUAUAUCCGUAUCCGUCUUUCGUGUUUGGGGCUAUAUCAGCUCUAAAAAGCACUGUUUUGAGCCAUCUACCCUCUGUUCCUGCACAGCUGACACCGUUCUGCUAUGUGUUGGACACUGACUGAAGGCGGCAGGAAUAGAGGGCUUGGUGAGGCGUAUGGUUGGCUGUAAUUUUUUUUACACACUAUCUUUCAUGCAGUUAGACACCACAUGGUGGCGCCAAGUCAUUGCGUUUAGGUUUUUUUCAUUAGUUUAUAUGUAAAAUAUGGUUUUGGCUUUACUGUAAAAUGUUUCUUAAAGUUGGCUUGACAAAUUAUAUACGGUUGUCCUAACAGGUAAUUUGUUAAUAUAAUAAGAAAAUCACUCCAUUUCUAGUACGUGUUAAUGAAAUGUCAAUAUGGUUGCGUUAACGUUUUAUGAGCCUGUGUAUCUUGAGCCUGGUGAUUUGUCUUAUUUGAAGAAGCUGUGUUGUUAAUGACUCCGCCCACUUCUGUUUGACGGACACUGGGAGACCACCCUUACAAUAACACCUGAAUCGUCCUCGUUCGGUUUGUUUUAAUGUUACGCAGGAUUUUGUAAUUUGGUCUCCUUUAUGAUCAGUCUUAUAACUGUAAUUAAAAAAUGGACUGAAACUC